UAUAUUUGUGUUAUAAAAAUAAAAGCAGACGUUAUUUCGAGUGGUGAAAUAUUUGUUUUAUUUUCCUCAAAUAGCAACAUUUUCUUUUGGCAAGCAAAACAAAAUUAUUUUCGAUCAUUUAACAUCGAUUACUUAAUUUUUUGAAGAAAUAGAACUGAUAUAUGUAUAUAUAUAUAUUAAAAAACAAGUGUGCAUCGAACGCCUCCGCUCUGUUUAAACAUAAAGACUAACAGUCGAGAUUCGACGCUCUCAGUAGCAUCCCGACGCCGACUUAUAAACGACCACUGCAAUCAUGGCUAAACGUAACAAAGAAGUAGAAACCGAAGUUCUCAAUUGGAUCUUCGCUUGUUUGGGCGAACCAGUACCGAAAGGGGAAUUCGAAGACAUCUUAAAGGACGGCGUCGUCUUAUGUAAUCUAAUGAACAAACUCACGCCUGGAUGUAUAAAAAAAAUCCAAACGAAAGGGACGAAUUUUCAGUUAAUGGAGAACAUCCAGAGGUUUCAAGCCGCCGCCAAAAAGUACGGAUUACCCGAAGAGGAAAUAUUCCAGACGGCUGAUUUGUUUGAAAAAAGGAAUAUAGCUCAAGUAGCGAUAUCUCUAUUUUCCUUAGGACGUAUCACUCAAAAGCACCCCGAAUGGAACGGUCCUACUUUAGGACCUAAAAUGGCCGAAGAAAAUAAGAGAAAUUUCACUGAAGCGCAACUCAGGGCGCAUGAAGGUGAACUUAACCUCCAAAUGGGUUUCAACAAAGGCGCUUCUCAAUCUGGAUUAGGAGCUUUCGGAAAUACUCGACAUAUGUAAAAUAUUUUUGGCAUAUUUUUGUUUAUUUUUUUUUUAAAGAAAUAUAUGAUUAUUUUGGUUUGAUUUAGUUACGUUUUACAAUUUAUAAUUCGACGAAUUUGCUUUCGUAUAUUACUUUUUGAGAUAUUACUAAUUUAAAUGUAAUAAAUAGAUUCUAAAAUAUAUAUUAAGAUAGUUUUGGACACAUCGUUUGUUAUUUUUGAUCUCACUACAAUCAUAUACCCAAAAAAACGAUAUAUUAUGUCGCAAACUUUCCGCCACCUCAAUCGCGGAUUUGAGUCAUGUUAAAGGACUUCAUAAAACUCAAUUAUAAAAACAAAAAUUCAUAAUUGGAUAUGGCAUCAUCAAAAUAUUCUGUUGUUUUGACUCAAAAACGGUUUUGUUUGAUCGAUGAUCAGUUUACGCACAUCAUCGACGUAGCUCGAGAUGUGGUGCUUCAUCACCAAAAGUCGAAGUAAAUUGAUCGAUCACUGCCGUUGCUUUAAUCCACAGUCACGGAAAAUCAUCGAAUGAAAGUGUUUAAUUACAUUUUUUAACCAAAAUUAUUGUUUCAAGUAUCUACAAACGAAUCAAAUAGAAAACGUUCUGAGUACGUUCACCAUUACAAAUGUCAAACUCUAUGAAGGCAAUGUCAAGUUUGACAGUGUUGCCAUAUCUUAAUUUUUUUUUUAGUUUUAAAACGAAGUUUUAAAUAGAGUAGACCGAAAAUCAAGACAAUUUACGUCAAAAAAGUUUUAAGAAAUGCAAGAAAUAUAAAUAAAAUGAUAAAUAAAACUGAUCUAGACAAUAAAAUUCGAAAUUUUUUGUCGAUUUUGUUUGUUGAAUUGCCUCGUUCAUGAAAUCUCGGGUGGGCGGUGGUUAACAUUAAAAACUAUUUUUAACGCCAGCUGUUUCUACGAAAAUAAAUCUGAAUGUGUUAAACGCGUUCAAAAUGACUGCUCAUAAAUAUCGUUUAAAUUUAAAUCUAAAAAAAAAAAAUUACAAAAUUACAUUGAACAUUAUAAAAUUGAAGUUCACGAUUUGAAAUUGUUAUAAAAUCUAACUAAUAUAGCAUUACGUACAAAUUUAUUACUAAAACCAUCUUUAACAGAUUUAUUCUCGAAUUUCAGUUCAUAAAUGAAUGUAUUCAGUAAUUCAAACAUUCAUUUUAAACUACCCCUGUAACUAAACAAAUCUUCAUUUGUUCAUCCCUGUAAUUAGUAACCCUAAUUUCUAGAUUCAGAAUAUCCCUUAUCAUCUAUCCUAUGUUGGGGUUGCUUCUUCCCUGGAGAUGGAUGCAACGCCUUCCCGGGGGUGAUUAAUUUUUCGUUAUAGGAAAUUGAUAAAUUGAUUAAUUGUUAAUAAGUUUUGUUUUAUAAAAUUUUUUCUAAAUUUCGAUUUAUUUUCAGGCAAAACCACGUUUUUAGACGAAUUUUCGCGAAUAAACAGAAAAAUUAACACAUUUUCUCCAAAAUAACUCAAAAACUAUUAAUGAUACGUAAAAUUUUGUAAAGUACAAAAUUAUAGGUGUAUUUUUUCUGAAAAUUUUGGUGUUUUAUUUUUUUCGUAGGGUAAAAAUUUAGAAGAUAUGGAAGUCUGCGCGUGAGUGCUUUACAAAAUAGUUUUUUCGAGCUUUCUCAGCAUAAACCUUUUUAAAAAUAAGAUCUGAACCUAGAUGAAUGUCUAGCUCUUAAAAAAUACCUUUUUUUAAGACUUUAUUGUUUAAAAAACUGUGUAAUGGGUGAAAGAAAUAACACGUGCUGCCCUCGGAGCCAAAUAGACACAUUUUGCUCAAAAAAAUCUAAACCUUUACGACCCGGCAGACCUACAAUUACUAUUUUAAGUCGUCCCCAUGAAAAUUAUACCUAAUUCUAUAUCAUAUCUGUGUAUCUGUAUAAAUAUUGUUUAAAGUGAAUAGAUAUAUUCGUAAAAUAUUUACAAUUACUUACACACCCUGUACAUCAUUGAGUAUUAAUAAAAAAUUAUUAUACAACAAACAAUUAUCAUUGCAACAAAAGAAAUACGUUUUGUUGUAGAAACUCUUCUUCCAUGGAGUUAAUUCAACUGAAUAAAGUAGAUCAAUAAUAGUGUGUCCUUGACUGAAUUAACUGUCUUUAUGUACAUACAACUAACUAAAAUUAUGUCACAGUUAUCUGCUGAGAUUAAAUGUUGUUUUAGAACCACAACUUUCACUUUGUAAAUAAACACGUCACAAUAAUUUAAUUGGCACUUAUUAGCUAAUACGAGAAAUAUUAUAGUACUACAAUUAAUCCAUAUGACUAUUCUUUAUCAUAAAUUUGAUUAUAAUUAUGACAAUAACAAUAUAAAAGUUGAUUGUUUACAGUUAUUUGAACAAAUACUAAUUGUAGUAUAAACAGUGGAAGUUUUCCAUCACGUGACUCAAUCUAUGAUUUAUCGAAAGCACAUUCUUAUAUUAAUAAAAAUCAAGAUAAGAUCGAUUAUCGUCUUCACAGACAUACGUGAUAGUUUCUUUGAAUUGACACUAGUAACCGUAAAAAAAGACAAAGAUAUAAUUAACGUUGCGUUAUUAACUGAUCGUAGUAAAAGUUGAAGUAGACGUUACCAUAUUUUGAGGUUAUAUGAGCUUUAUUUACUGUUUUGUUUUUAGCGAUUUUGACAUUUUAUAAUACCUAAAAUGCCGUGAGUUGGAAAUAAUACAUAGCUUAUUCUAUAACUUAUUAGUGGUAAAAAGUGUUUAUAAUUUGUAUUUUUGUAAAUAAUUUGUAAAUCUCGGUAGAAUAAUCAAAAUUGCAUCAAUAACGUGUCUGUUUAUAUUAUUAACGGUAUAUAUGUAUGUUAAUUUGUUAUACAGGGUGUUUCAAAAAAGGUGAUCUCGUCUCGAGGAUAGAUAGAAAAAGGUACACAAUAAAGUCUAUUUUUUUGUUGUAAAAUUUCUAGAAAAUUUCAACUUAUUACGAGGAUUUUUUCUGGAUUUGUUUCACGAUAAAAAGUAUGUAGUAUGUAGAAGGAAGCUGAACAAUGUUUUUGAGAAGCAGUGAAUAGAUAUAAUUAAAUUUAUUAUGUAAAUACCUUUUUGUAAUUAUUACGUAUCCCCUAAAGAUAAAUUAUGGUUGCGAAACAACUACGAGUAUAAAUUUUUGUAAUAUAGUGAAUAUAAUAACUACUAUUAUAUAUAAAUUUUCUUUUGUAAUAUUUUAGUCAAUACCAUGUUAUUUCAGUAAUCCUGUAAUUAAUUAAUUAUUUUUAUAUUGUUUGCAUUCGAUUGAUUAACAAAUAUCAACAGAAAUUGCAUUGAUAAUAAAUAAAAGAAUUUAAAAA